UCAAAGUUCAAACAAACCAAACUCAUUAACCAAAACAAAAAUGGCAAAAACAGUUGCAAAGCUAGUGUUCAUACCUGCCCCUGGCCUUGGUCAUAUCAUGUCAACCAUAGAGAUUGCAAAGGUAUUGGCAAAUCGAGAUCAACGUCUCUCGGUAACAGUCCUUAUCAUCAAGCCUCCUAACUCAAGUUCUAACUCGCCAGUCACCACCUACAUCGGAUCACUAGCUAAACGCAGUAUGGAUCGCAUAUCCUUCAUUGAACUACCACAACAUGAGACCCCAACAACGCGUGACUCAAAAGGUCCCUUGGCUUCAUUUGCUGAAUACAUGAACAAUCACCGAGAAUAUGUAAGAAACAUCGUGGGGGGUAUGAUAAGUCAACCGGGUCAAAGUAGGAUCGUAGGGUUUGUGAUUGACAUGUUUUGUUUAUGUAUGAUAGAUGUGGCUAAUGAGUUUGAUAUUCCAACCUAUGUGUUCUUCACUUCUAGUGCUGCUUUUCUCGGGUUAAAAUUAUAUAUCCAGACACUGUGUGAUGAUCACAACCAAGACGUUGUCGAGUUGAGUCACUCGAACACCGAGAUAGCAGUUCCAACGUUUGUCAAACUGGUGCCAACGAAGGUCUUUCCGAACAUGGCCCAAACCAGAGAGACUCUAGAGUUUCUUUUGUCAUCGGCAAGGAGACUAAGAGAGGUCAAAGCAAUCAUUGUUAAUUCGUUUUCAGAAUUGGAAACCCACGCAAUCGAGUCGUUGUCUUCUGACAACAGCAUCCCGACGUUGUAUCCAGUGGGGCCCAUACUCAACCUAGAAAGUGGUUCCGGUGCCGAAAAACCAUUGGACGAUGACCUCAUCAGGUGGUUGGAUAAUCAACCGCCUUCCUCGGUCGUGUUCUUAUGUUUUGGGAGUAUGGGUAGUUUUGAGGAGGUUCAAGUGAAGGAGAUAGCACGUGCUUUAGAGCAUAGUGGCCACCGUUUUGUGUGGUCCCUACGUCAACCUCCGGUAGAUAAAAGAUCUCGACUCACGAGAGACUACGAGGAUCCCGGGGUGGUUUUGCCAGAAGGGUUUUUAGAAAGAAUGGCUGCAAUAGGGAAAGUUAUCGGUUGGGCCCCACAAGUGGCAGUGCUAGGUCAUUGUGCAGUUGGAGGGUUCGUAUCCCACUGCGGGUGGAACUCAUUGUUGGAGAGUUUGUGGUUCGGUGUACCAGUGGCAACAUGGCCUAUGUAUGCCGAGCAACAUAUGAAUGCGUUUGAAUUGGUGGUGGAGCUAGGAUUAGCUGUGGAGAUCACUAUGGAUUAUAAAAAGAAUUUAUCUAAGCCUAUGGCAGAAGCGGUUGUAGUCAAAGCGGAGGAGAUAGAAAACGGGAUAAGGCGACUGAUGGAGGAUGAUUUGGUGAGAACGAAAGUGAAAAAGAUAAGUGAGAAGAGCAGAUCGACGGUGGUGGAGGGUGGUUCAUCGUACUCGGCUUUUGGUUAUCUUAUUCAAGAUUUUAUAAAAAAUGUUUCUUAGAUUUGGGAUUUCUUUUGCUAGAGUUUUAAGAAGGUGAUUUUACUAACACCAAAAAAUUAAGAAAACUUUGUUAGAUUUUGUUUUUGCGAGUUUCCUCCUUUUAGUGGUUUGAACAAAACUUGUCUAA